AUGUCUGUAAGGGAUGGGGUGGCUGGGACAGGGACAGAGCCAGUGGACAGGGACAGGACUCAGACGCCUUUUACUGCCUUGCUGCCCCCUGCUCUGCCUCAGCCCCCAAUAUUGCAAUCAUGGAUGGAGAGUGGAGCCAAACCGGCCGAAGACCAGGAGGAAGGUCUCUACAACAACAUUCCCCUUCAGGUUCUGCCUCCACCAGCUCCGGAGCUGUCCAUUAUCCCUCCAAGACAGACCUUUCUCCAGGGACAACGGAUCAAGUUGAAAUGCUCCCACCCGGAAGGGCAGCUGGCAGCCAAGUUCUUAUUUUAUGAAAUUAAAGCAGAUGGUAAUUACACUAGACCACAAGAACAGCUCAACAAUACCCUGGAAAUUACUGCAGAAUUUCAGGAAACAAAGAAAUCAUUUGUCUGUGCCUACUUGGAAGAAAGCGGUGCAGGACAACUGUCUGAACGGAGUAACCGCAUUGAGGUUUCCAUUAUAGACCACCUUCUUCCUCCGUUCUUCUCUGUGUCCCCAAAGCCUCACACCUACAGCAGUGGGGAGAUUGUGAACCUCACAUGCUCUGCUCCUGAAAACCUUCUCAUGUCGAGGGUUCUCUUUGGGAAGAACAAAUGGCUGUUGUAUGAGUACAGGCUUCCUUCUCCUCUGGCCUCCUUUACAUACACGAGGCGCUUGUCUCCUCAAGGCAGCGGAGAUCAUUUUUGCACAUACCGAGCUGCGGAAUCGAGCCGGAAUAUCUCAUCCCCAGAAAGCAACAGCAUCAGGAUUUCAGUGAUGGCUCCUCCUCCUGCCCCGGUGCUGACAGUGGACCCUCCGUCUGGAGUGGUGAAGGAAGGGGGAUUCCUGUGCCUCAGUUGCUCGGCCAUUGGCAGCGACGCAGAGCAAAGGUUCCAUUUCUACAAGGAUGGGCUCAAGAUUUCCUCCAGCAAUGAAGAGUCUCUGGCGGACUCCAGAGAACCCAGGAAUGCCUACUUGAGCGCCUCUGCAGACAUCCUGGUCCAAGUCACAGCCAGCAACCACACUGGGGGAUUUGCUUGCAGGUAUGAGCAGAAACUGAGCAGCCGAUGGAUCAUGUCUCCCUGGAGCCAAACGGUGAAUCUCACAGUUCCGCCUCCACCAGCUCCAGAGCUGUCCAUCAUCCCUCCAAGACAGUCUUUUCUCCAAGGGCAACGGAUCACGAUGAAAUGCUCCCACCCGGAAGGGAAGCUGGCAGACAAGUUCUUCUUUUAUGAAAUUAAAGCAGGUGGUAAUUACACUAGACCCCAAGAACAGUUCAAUAAUACGCUGGAAAUCACUGCAGGAUUUAAGGAAACAAAGAAAUCAUUUGCCUGUGCCUACUUGGAAAAAAACAGGGCAGGACAACUGUCUGAACGGAGUAACAGCAUUGAGGUUUCCAUUAUAGCUCAGUUGCCAGAUUCAUCUGCUCCAUCAAUGGGCCAUGCAUGGUGGGCUAGUCUGCUUCUGAUCCCAGCGGUCCUGUUCGCUUACUAUUGUUGGAGAAAGAAAGGCAUUCUUUUUGCCUUGGGCACAUCAAAAUAUCAGCUAGCAUCUGAGACAAAGGAAAGCAAGGAGGAAACAAGUCAAGACAUGUUUGGGUUGUUGGUACCCCAAAAGACAGACUUUCAGGUCAAAAGCUCAGACGUCACCUAUGCCACCAUUGCCUCCCCACCGACUGUGACUGCCUCUGAACCAACGCUGAAGAAUGAUCCCAUCUCAGCAAAAGACGAAGAGGUCCUCUACAGCGAUCUUCUCUUCCACCCUCAACAAAGCCACCUUGAGGCUGUGCAGGAAAGAGAUGGCCCAGAAGUGGAAAGGGCAGGUGCUGUGUGAAGCAAUGGGUGGAUUUGUCCCUUUCAGUCUCUCCUUUUCCCACUCUCAGUUCUCCACACUGACACAUCAGUUUGUGAUUUAUUUAUUUUUCAAUUCUCAUAAAAACUCAGCAGCAUCUUAGAAAGAAUAUCUCCUAGCAUACAUACUUGCCUGUGCAAUUUUGCAUUUUCUGCACAUCCUUGCAAAGCAAUUUCCCCUGAUCGUAACGUGUCCCUGCAUGCUAUUUUCACCAAUAAAUGCACACUUUACCUUAAGUGUGCAUUUUUGAACAUGUUGCUCAGCUGGAGAACUGCAAAAUUAGCGUGAAUCUCGAAGGCCGCCACUUUCUCUUUUCUUUUUUGUAUAUCAUUUUUAUUACGUUUUCUGUUUUACAAUUUAAAAUGCUCAUUUUACAUCCUUAAGAUAUCAGUGACUUCUCUUUCCAUGGUUCAUUUUACAUAUCAUAAAUCCCUGCAUAUUUUGCAAAAAUUAUGCCAUACAGUGUUUCAUUAUUGCAUCCAUCAAAACUUGUUUACACUGCUGAAUUUAUCUUAAUGCCGCCAGUGUUUUCAGCUGUACGUAAUUAUUUCCCAUACAUUCAAUAAAUGUUUUCCAAUCUUCUCUAAACGUGUUCUUCUUGAGGGCUUCCGGUCAGCGC